AUGAAAGGAUGGCUUUAUCUUGUCCUUUUUUGCUGCAUAGGAUUUUUCCUACAAUGUGUCGAAAUGAAAAGGGAGAAGAAAUAUGUUUCUUCUGACGUUGAUCGUGUGCUUUUCGCGCUUAAAAAAGCAGUGAUGUUUUUUGAGCAAAGCGGAAAUAAUUUGAACUUGGACGCGUACUUUGGGCUUCGAAUCGCUCAAGGUUGGUAAACGUUUCUUUAUAUAUUACCAUCCUACCUGUUCAAUAUCGUGCUUUGAGUAAAACUGUGAAGUGUACCAUGAGACUAAGUCUACCGAUAAGCCAAAACACAUUUACCUUUUCUUAGCUGGCUUUCAGAAUGAUACCUUAUAUCAAAAUUACAAUCACAGCAGACUGAAGCCUGUUAAUGCCUUUUAGACCGCUAUAACUUAACCUUUUUCUCUGACGAAUUCAUGACAAUGUGAGCUAUCAAACAUUUUAGCAUUGGAUAAGUGCCUGGGAAGAACGAACAUCAAAACACAUACAUUUCACGUUGGAUCUCUAUUUUAUAAUGAUGCUACUUUUAAAAAGAGACUGUUCAGAAUGUUUAUCGUGGUGAUUGCACUUCUAAAACUUGUUACGUGAUUAAUUUGCAUAGGAAACCUUCUUUAGAGGCCCAAUACUAGCCUGGUCAGUUGAAGGUAUAAAGAAAUUUAGUAUAAUAUUUUAACCUAUAAAAUAGAAUCAGGUUGUCAGGUGCAACUUAAAGAGAAAUGCUGAGUCUUGAAAAAGACCUACCAUCCACAAAGAUUAGAUGUCAAAGCUCUGGCAUAUUUAUCUAAACUAGUUCCCAAAAAGGAAGGAAAAAUAUAUCUAUCUAUAUCAAGAUUUUUAUGUGAGCGAUUCACCUUAUACUUGCAAAAGAGAGGAUUUAAUUCGGCUUCAUUUAAAAAUAAAUAAAAUAAAUUAUUUAAUAGGGGACAGUUAUACUGAGUAACCCAGAAGUUACUUAAGACCAGAAAACAGUGGCGAUCCAGGGGGUCGCCUAAACUAAAGUGAGGCCUGAACGGCCGGCAAAAUUUUUUUGAGACUGGGACCACCUGCGCCCCAAUCUUAGGAUCCGGAUGACCACCCCCCACCUCCCACCGAAAUUUUAAAAAUAUCUUUCACUUCACGGACGCUCAGACAACCCGAAGCCUACCUCUUUAACAUAUGAGGCUACCAGUUACAGUUAGCGCUCGAUCGCGACAAUCUCAGGGAAAAAAAAAAAGGACUAGGAUCAACGCGUUAGAUCCAGCAGAUGUCUUGUAAGAUUUACAUGCUCUGACCCCUCGGCAAGCAACUAUGGCCUUACUAUAAGGAUGCAGUAGGCUACCAAGCUAGAGUUAAUAUUUAGUGUAUUGGCGGCAUUCAUCAAAGGCUAGGACCACUACUUGGUCCUUUCUUAUUCGCUUCACCCUCUAGGCUUUCAUAAUUCCCCUCUCAUGAUUGAGAAAACAGCCGACAUUUCGAGAUGCUACCACUGGUUUCCCCGCGAAAUGACGUCUGAGAAACGUGGGCAGAAAUUCCAUACUGAUGACGCGACACUACCUAGAUCUGGGUAGUGCUUCUGAUUGGCUGAAAAUUUGCUGUAACCAAUCAGAAGCAUUACCCAGAUCAAGGCAGUGUCGCGUCUAGGGCUUUCCACAAGUUCUUCGGCAACUUUUUGGCAACUUCUCGUAUUUCAAGCAACCUUUUUCGUUCCUUGCAUUUCUUUUGCAUUCUGAGCAAUUUCUCUCGUUACCUUCUAAUUCUGAGAUAUCAGAGCUGCUUUUAGUGCUUAAAUUGGCCUUUCUUCCAUAUUUCACUGUGUUUAAGUAGACAAUUUAUGAAUUUCCCGUAAAAAAGGAGCCAAAUCCUCCCAUCUGGGGCAGAUCAUGGGGGCAAGAUAAAAGAAGCCGGGCUGCUAGGUCAGCGGUUUUUAGAGAAAAUUCAAAAUGGUGGACGAAGAUUCACACUCGACUGACUUAAGUGUCUCGGGUGAAAAAGGUCAUUCAACAAUUUUAUUGGCUCAUAACAUUUUUUGGUUUUAAUUGAGGACGAAGUUAUUUAGCAACGCAAGUUAUGCCGCAAAAUAUAAUUGCACAAAAAUGCUUAAAAAUCUUACUUUUGUUGUAAAAUAAGCAUAUUUUAGCAUCAGGCCAUAAAAAAAUUUGGUUUUUUUUCGAGCAACUUUUAAGCAACUUUCGUUACAAAAAGCAACUUUUAAUUGUUUUUUGAGCAUCUUUUGAGAAACUUUUCGAGAAAUUACGGGAUACUUUUUGGAAAAUCUCGAGCAACUUGUGGAAAGCCCAAGUCGCGUCAUCAGUAUGGAAUUUCUGCCCUCGUUUUUCAGACGUCAUUUUGCAGGGAAACCAGCUGUGGAGUAGCGAAAUAUCGGCUGUUUUCUCAGGCUAUAAAUGCAUAAAAACUGACUAACGGAAUUAACUUUCUUUCUCAUGUUCUUCAUUUUGACAAGGUAAUUUCAUCGCGUUAACUACGCGUAAAAAACGUAAAAGCUUUGGCUACGGUUCUGAGAUUUACAGGCAACUUAUUCAACUUGAGAAACUGGUUUCUCAAAUCGGAUCAAAAUCGGUAAGGACACUACAGCACGUAAGCCCAAGGUACUUCAGAUUGGUUGGGUCGACUGUGACACAGCCCUGGAAAACAGCGAAGCGAUUCAAGCGAGUAAACCCGAGUCUCGUCACUGAAAUUAAUAUAAAGAUACUACACAACGAUAUACUGCAGGAUUAUAAGCCUUGUUUGGCCAAGUUGCUUGGAAGUCCGGUGUAUGGGAGCAAGCCUUGCAACGUGACUGAGGAUUGUUGGGAAGUGAUGAUGCGACCGGGGGAGAUUGGGUACGUGCUAACUCAUCAGGCUCUUUAUUUCAUGUUUGGCGAGCAGAAAGGUUAGUGAAAUUAUCAUUGUAUACAAACUAGCCACAACAAACACAAACAAAUACAAAAGGUAACGGAAAAACUAACAAAGAUAAUGGGUACCUGUACAGACGUGCUGCAGCUGUCACGGCAGCGCUCUUUUGGUGCCAAAGGCAACUUUUGUUAGGAAGCUCUUGUCAGAAAACUAGCAAAGAAUAUGCAAAUUAGUAAACCAACUAGUUUGACAAUCUAGUCUGUCAAAUAAUAAUAAUAAUAAUAAUAAUAAUAAUAAUAAUAAUAAUAACAAAUAAAUAUAAGUAUGCGCUAAACAGAGGCAGCUGUAUUUUGUACAAAUGUUAGCAACGCAGAAUAAGCGUUCUUUCAAAAUGUUUUACACUUUUUAAAUUGCUUAAUACGGUAAUAAAGAGAUGGCCAUACUAGUUGACAAAAAGGGAUGAAAUUUAGUAGGAAAGUUUUAUCGGAGAGGCGUCGCGGUUUUUCACAACUUUUGUGCGUCUUAGUGUUGUUAAAAUUGUCAAACGUGAAAAGAUAGGCCGCGGUUCCAGCCGAUCAGAAUUACUUUCAUUGUAAAUAUUGAUUGAUUAAAAGUUCAACGCGUGAUUUAGUGAUUGAGUGGUUGACAGGUUGCUUCAGUAACUUUUCAAAGAAGAUAAAGGCGUCCAACAGCUCGUUGGAAUCUGUGUACGACAAAAUCUGCUCAAACAUCUACAGUCAACUGCUAAUGAUGGAGGGAAUUCGCAAGAUCAAAAGAAUAGACGCUGAUCUUAUGAUGGAACAGAGUGUAGUGUGUGGAUUACUAGGAUAUUACGAGUUCUUGUCGCCAACACGGAUGGAAAAUUUGAUUAAGUGGCAGCAAGCGAGUGGUUGUUAUGGAGACAUUAAAGAAGAGGACAAUUCAAAUGGCAAUCACAGCAAGCAGACCAUGAGAAAAAUUCUCAUGGAGAAAGAAUUGUCAGGUAAGCUUUUAUUG